AUGCAUUCUGUUUUAGUAAUUGGAAGCGGGUUCCUCGGAAGCCACAUCAUUCGGCAAUUAUGCAAGCGUGAACAACUCCGAAUUGCUGCGUUUGAUCUUUUCGACAAUGAAAAGCUGAAUCAAGAAGUGGGCCACCGGUUCACCAUGUACACUGGUGACUUGACAAAAAAUGAAGAUUUAGAUCGUGUUUUUUCUGCCUUCCAGCCCCAAACUGUCAUCCAUACGGCAUCCCCUGUGCACAACUUGGGCCGUGACAUUUAUUUUCAAAUAAACGUAAGCGGCACAGAAAACAUCCUUCGUGUUUGUAAGAAACACAACGUAAAUGCUCUUGUGUAUACGAGCUCUGCAGGUGUAGUCUUCAAUGGCGCUGACUUGAUCAAUGUUAACGAAGAAUGCCCCUACCCCAAAGUGCACAUGGACGCUUACAAUGAGUCAAAGGCACUUGCAGAGACUAUUGUUCUUGAAAGCAACUCGCCAUCGCUACGAACAUGUGCCUUGCGUGUUGCCGGUCUCUUCGGCCCUGGCGAUCGUCAACUCGUUCCUGGUAUGCUCUCCGUUUUGCGAAAUGGCCAGACAAAGUUCCAACUUGGUGAAAAUUUAAAUCUUUUCGACUUUACCUACAUUGAAAAUGCUGCUCAUGCUCAUUUAUUGGCCGUGGAGAACCUUCUUUCAAACAACUCUACCGCCGCCGGCCAAGUGUUCUUUAUCACCAACGGACAAGCUAUCUACUUUUGGGAUUUCAUUCGUGCUAUUUGGGCUAAUGCUGGUCAUGUCGCUCCGUACACUAUCGCGUUCCCCCGUGCUCUGGGUAUAGCUUUGGCCACUGCUGCUGAGUGGGCUUGCUAUUUUCUCGGCAGAGAACCUGGUUUCACUCGUUUUCGUGUUCAAUUCAGUUGUGCAAACCGUUAUUUCGACAUCACAAAAGCGCGGGAAAUUUUAAACUACCGUCCUAUUUACGAUUUAGAGGAAGGAAUUAAGCGUACUCUCCAAUGGAUGGAUACUGAAAAAAAUCUUUAA